UGCUGCAGGUGAACACAAGCGCCGAUUUCUGUUCCCGUCAUGCCUCGAAGUGUGCGUGCGCGUGCGCGUGCAGAGUGAUCGUUCGCUUGUAUGCACUGCACUUGUUGUAACCGGGCCGACGGAUGCUUAAGAAAAGAAACUGUCCUGUAAAAAAGAGGAGAGGAUAGGAUAAGGAAUAAACGUUUUGAAGCUGAAAUUAUGUGAUGUUUCUUAAAAAAUGACAGAGAUUAUUCAUCCUGCUUUUGGCUGUAGGACUAUCUGCUCCAUGACAUACCAGGCAUGACCCUCUUACAGCACAGAUAAAUCUGCAUCCCCCUGCCUUUCACCUCCUCUGGUUAUCACUCCAGCCACAGAACAUAAGAUGGAAGAAAUAGAUUCUGUGAGAUUCAAGCCCUUGACAGAAGAUUCCAAUUUCCAGUUGACAUACUCUGCUGACACCAUCAGUAUUGAUGAUGGACUUUAUAAUGCGCUACGUGAAGAUUUGGAAGCAGAUGCUCGGGACUUUGAGGCUCCCACCUGGAGUUUAGCUGUUGACCAGCAAUAUUUAAAAGACUUGUCCAAAGAGGACAUUAAAAGACAGGAUGUAAUACAUGAGCUGAUUCAGACAGAAAUAAACCAUGUGCGGACGCUAAAGCUGGUUUUGGGCGUAUACGUGCGGGAACUGCGUGAGACCCUGCAAAUGGAUGAGACACAGCUGGAAAGACUGUUUCCACAGGUGGACAGCCUGCUGCAGGUACACCAGCUUUUCCUCAACCGCCUUAAACAGCGAAGAAUCGAUUCCUUGGAGCCAGGCAGUACCCAGAAUUACUGCAUCCACAGAAUUGGAGACAUUCUUAUGGCACAGUUUUCAGGUGAAAUAAGAGACAGACUGCAAUACUGCUAUGGAGUGUUCUGCAGUCACCACACCGAUGCAGUCAGCUUCUACAAAGACUUGAUGCAAAACAACAAGAAGUUCCAGAGUUUUAUACGAAAAGUAUGUCAGAUGUCUAUUUUGCGGAGAUUAGGAAUACCAGAGAUUAUUCUCCUUAUAACACAGCGUAUCACAAAGUAUCCAGUUUUGUUUGAACGUGUCAUUAAAUACACUACAGUUGACUCAGAGGAGCAUAGGAACCUUGUACAAGGUCUGGAACUGCUGAAAAACACCAUAUCACAAGUAAAUACCCACGUUGACGAGUUUGAGAAAGCAGCACGGCUGAGGGACUUGAGCAGUAAACUGGAGCCCAAGUCCCAGGUCAAGAUGACCCACGGAAGAGUGUUCCGCAGAGAGGACAUGCUGCAGGGUGAGAGGAGGCUGCUUCAUGAGGGCAUUCUCAACUGGAGGCUAACUUCUAACAAAAGCAAAGAUGUCCUUGUCUUGCUGUUGUCAGAUGUUUUGCUGCUGUUACUGGAGAAAGAUCAGCGACUUACCUUUGCCUCUCUGGACGGUAAGCCUGCGGUGAUCUCACUGCUGAAGCUCAUUGUGCGUGAUGUGGCUCAUGACGAGAAGGCCUUGUUUCUGAUCUCAGCCUCCUCAGACACUCCAGAGAUGUAUGAGUUUCACACCUCCUCCGGAGAGGAGCGCAAAACCUGGAGAGACCAAAUCUGGAAGGCCGUGGAACACUGUCCUGAAGAGGAGAAAGAGGAGCCAGAAGAACUUCCUGAGAGGAUCCAAGACUUUCAAAGGAAUCUUUGUGUGUGUGAUGCCUUGAUCGAGCUGCACCUUAAAGAGAAGCAGAGUUUAUUCUCCAGCAUGGCAGCCUAUGUGACAGGUGUUACCGACAUCUCACCAAGUGAGCGCCAUCUGCUGCAUGGGAAUGCAGCAGAGCCCCUGCAGGGGGAACAACUUCUCAUUGGAGCUGUAAAAGAUGUGGAGAUUUUACAGAACUUGCUGGUAACAUGUGAGCAGGGCCAAACUCCUUCCUCUGGAGAGGGGAUGGAUCUGGUCCCAUUAUACAAGAGACCCGAUGUUUUCACAGGCUUUGACAGUGAUGCCUGCAUGCUGCCAGGAAAUGGUAUUGAUAGUUUAAUGGAAAGAAAGAGGGACAGAAGUCAGUGGGCCAACUCGGACCCUCAGCACAGAGAGCUUUAUUCUGAUGAAUACCUGGAGCUGUCGGCAGAUGAGGAGAUAACUCUACAGAGCUGGAGUGCAUAUCCUUCAGCCUUCUUUCCUAAAACAGAGCUUUAUGACACUGUAACUAAACUGUCUCAGAAGCUUUACAGCCUUCAGUCUGUCGUCCAGCAGCUAGAGAGCCACAUAGUGGUACAACGCGCCACUAUUAAGGAGCUGAUGUCCCGACCCCGGGGCAAUACUCUCUUGGAAAAGGAAAAGCAUCGGAACCUGGAAAAGCAGCGCGAGGAGCUGGCCAACUUCCACCGGCUCCAGAAUCAGCACCGACAGGAGCAGGUGCAGUGGGAGCAGGAAAGAGAGCGGCAGAGGGUGCAGGCAGAGAUCAGGGAGAAGGAGCUGAGGGACAGAGAGCUGGAAUGCAGCGAACAGGAAAAAAAGUUGGCAGAGGAAAAACAGGAACUGGCCAGGUGGAAAUCAGAAUACCAGGAGGAUCUGGAGCGGCUCCGAGACUCCAUGCGCUCUGUAGAGAAGGACAGAGAGAAGCUGGAGAAGGACAGAGAAAGGCUGGAGCAGCUGGAGAAGAAGUAUAAGAAAAAUGAGAAUGUACUGAACACUGCAACCUUUCCCAUGGAGAAUGAACAGAUAAAGCUACCUCCACCUUACCCCAUAUUGAAUAUUGUUACUCCCGGCUUCGACGAGAGGCCUCCUCUGGUACCACCACGCAGGGAGAGCAUCGCCAACCUUCCAGUUAAACCAGAAGUGCCCAUUCACCUCAUUAGCACCACCAACCAAUCCCACAAAGCCAGCUCUGUCCAGCAAAAGAUCCCCACCAAGCUGGCUGCCCAAACUAAAGGCAAGGAGAAGCACAGCAAGCAAAGGAAUUCCCACCAUCGCACCAAGAGUGCAGCUGGCAUAGAGGUGUCUCAGGUACUUCCCAUAAAAGGUCUAGGAAAGGAAGGAGGCAGUUUAAGAGCCAUGAGAUCCAAAAGUCCCCACCGGCUCCAUCCAGAUAUGUUUGUCCAUCCAGAGCAGUUAUCCAGCUCCAUACCCUCUCAUUCAGGAAACAGCAUCAGGAAACACAACCACAAUCAUAUCACACACAGUACCCAGCCAGGACACUGUAAAACCAAAGACAACGCAAUUGCAGAAGACAUAUUUUACUUUUAAUAACCCUGUGCAAUCUGCGAGACUACAACAUUGUUGCAGAGGGAUUCUUAUUUCUCUAACAUGACCUGCAUUUUUCAAAGAAAUUAAAUCACAGUCACAGUAUAUCAGAACAAAAUCCUGUUCAGGUCUGUCUCAAUGAUUUGUUGUUCCUGUAAAUAGCUGUUUUUAGUUAUUUUUUGUGAUUUUAAUUCAGGGAUGUUUGGCCCCACAAGUGUUGCACUGGAAAGUUUUAGCGUUCUUCCUGGACUCUUUGUAGGAGACAUGUAAUCAAGAGCUUCUCUCAAAAAAGUGUAGAUCUAUUUAAUGUGUGGUAAAUUUACUUUUGGAGUUUUUCUCCAGUUUCUGUGCCAAUCGAGGGAUCUUUUACAUUGUUUUGCUUCUGUUAACUGGAGAAUUAUGUUAUAUUUGAGCAAAUAUUUUGUAGUGUUUUAGAAAAAAAAAUAGCCUUGUUUUUCUUUUAUGAGUUGGGGAUAAAUGCUCAUUACUACUGAAUGUCAAAGGUACCACGGUGUAUUUCUUUUAGUUUCUAAAUGUUAUACUGCAUGGCACAAUUCUGUUGGAUCAUUAAUUUGAUUUUAUACAUAGAAAAUACAGACUGUCUUAAUUAGAAAUGUUCAUUGUAAAUAGUGCAGAACAAACGCAGCUUUUUUUUUUUUCUCUCAUAG